AUGAGCAAUGAGCCGCCAUUACUGAGAGGCAUUACAGAGAACGCCACUGAUGUGCCUGUAGCACCAGGGAAGCCGGAUAACUAUAUCCUGCUGCUGGUUCUGCUGUGUCUGUUUGCUGGAGGGACAAUCAUCCUGCUGUCUGUCCUACUGAUCUUCUGCCAUCGUUGCUGCCAGAGGGGACGACGCCAUUCCAGGGCCAGUGAUGACCUGGAGAAAACCAACACUACAUAUGUGGAGGAGAGCCAGGCAGCUCAGGAGAUCACUAUCAGACUGGAGGGGACAGACGUGCUCUCUGCAACCAGCUGCCAUGGUGAAACAGAGGCAGAGCAUUUUCCAUCGACGGCUUACACAGGCCGAAGAGUCUCCUUCAACGAGACAGCCAUCUAUGAGCAGAGCAAGAAAGGCCAGGAGAAAGGUCGAAGGUACACUCUGACAGAGGGCGACUUCCAUCAUCUUAAGAGAGCCCGACUCACACAUCUUCAUAUUCCUCCUCCGGCACUGAAGAUUCUCACCAUCAUGGAGUGUGAAUCACCUGAGAGCAGUAUCAAUCUCACUGAGCAGCCUGCAUCAAAACCCUCCCUCUCCAUCUUCCAGCCCAGCGAUGGUGCUCUUCCUGAGUCUCCAGUGUCCUGGGCCAGCCAAAGCCCCAGCUCUGCACUGCCUGGAGACACAUUCAAUUCUGUUCUAGACACAAGCUUCAACCAGAGCCAACCAGAAUCCAGCACUGAACUGAUCCGUUCACGAACAUUGGAGGUGAUGGGGGAGCGUGCCUGGAGUGGGGGUGGACUAAAGAUGGAUGGAGAACAGGGGACAUGUCUGGGCGGAAGUCCUGGCCAGGGGCAACAAGGCUCUGUGCUACAGUUCCUCUCCAAACUGAGACGUCAUACCAGUCUGGAGGGGGCCAGUCCUUACUUCAAGAUCAAGAAAUGGAAGUUUGACAGCAGCCAACGAGCUGCCAGCCUGGACCUCAGAGGCUCCCCCAGGAGACGGGCAUUUCAGAGGCAGCGCGCAGCGAGUGAGACUCUUGAUCAGGUGGAGGGAGAGGAGACCCAGCUGGUCGGCGACUUCUUAUGGACUGCUCCACGUCCCCAAUCUCAGAGUGAUGGACCCAGACGCCUGUCUGCUGGCUCUCUGAGCGCUUCUGUUGGACCCUCCCCAUCACCUUCUCUUUCACCUUCUCUGAGCAGGCUAAAGGUUGAGGCAGUUUUGGAGGUCGACCAUACCACAGAGAAAAUUCCCACAGACAUCUCACACAAGCUCCCAGAAUCUAGUGGUGCACAAGAGGAGGAAGUGAUGGAGCAGGAUGUGGAUGGAGAGUUGCUGGAAGGAGCAACAGGAGGAGGAGGAGCAGAAGGAGGCUUUGGAAGACUAGACAGCAGGCAGGAGAAUGUGGAGCAUCCAAGCCUAUACCGUGACAUUUGGAGCUUGAGGGCUUCUUUGGAGCAAUAUGCUUCCUCUGAUCUUAGCAGCAAUGAUCGGGACUCUACUCGCAGUGAUGCUGACAGCGUUUGUUCCCUAGGGGGUGCGGGUGCUUCCAGAAUGGGCACGUCCUGCUACCAGUCCCAGGACCUGGAUGAUGAGGUCUAUGGAGAUGGUGAGCUGCCCUUUGAGGAGCUAGGGAAGGAAGAGCGAAAUGCACGUGACAGCAUGGACUCAGAGCGAGGAAGUGAUGGAGAGGUGGGGAGCCGGAAACUCUUGCAGAUGGACAGUGGCUAUGCCUCUAUUGAGGCCCCCUGCAGGGCUCCAGAGGAACUGCGUCUGUUUGGCAGUGCUUCGGGCAAGACGGCUUCAGAGCGCAGGCGCUUUUUCACCAAUGCAGGCAGGAAGGGAACGGUGUGUGAGAGCUUUGAGGCCCGGCUCUUCAAGGAGGAGCUAGAGGACGAAGUGUCUGUGACUGAGGUUACAGCAGAAAAAGAGAGUCCUUUCAGCCUAUCCCAUGGCGCUCCAUCCCUCUCACCCCGGGAGAUACCACAGCCACAGGUACACACAUCCCCAACUCCCAAACCCAGAUCGCGCUUCCGCCGGAGAGAUUACAGCAUCGACGAGAAGACAGAGGCGCUCUUUAACGAAUUCUUACGUCACGACCCCCAGUUUGACCAGCAGGGCUCGCCCUCUGUCCGACCCAGACACCGCUCACGUAUACACCUGCGCAAACAGUGGCAGCGCACCAAGCAGUACAGCGACCCUGGAGGUGCCCGCUAUUCACCCUCUCUGGAAAGGCAACGUUUCCCACUACGUAGAGGUGACAGCGCCAGCUAUCCUUUAGAUACACGUUACCAUAGCACCCUGCCACGUAUAGCCAGUGCUGCCGAUGAGGAAGGCAGUGAGGGUGGAGCAAGUGCAGCUGAGACUCCUGUGGUGGGAGAGAGCGGUCUAAAUGCAGAAGAGAACUCAAACAACAGCAGCAACAACAGCAGCCCUGUCGUAAAGACGGAGGCGGACAAGGAUCGGCCUUUCCCACCAACUUCAUCACCAACACAUCGCAGCACAGUUGACGACCCUGAGACACUGGAAGACUGUGGCCCAACAGACACACAUUCACGUGCUGUGGACAGAGACACGGAUCCUUGUGAGACAGGACAUGUCAAAUAUCACGUGCAUGCUGACAAAGGUUUCUCCAGUACAGAAAACAUUCAACGUCAAUCCAAUACCGAGACCCUUGGCACAAGCUAUAGCCACCAUACUGACACCAUAGAGACCAGCACAGCAGACAAGCUAGCAGUUUCUCUGGACGACAGACUCUACACCAGCCUGCGCAGGACUCAGGGCAGUAAGGAAUGUGUGGUAGCCAUGAGCCGGACCUUUCCUGACCACACCCAGGAGUGA